CAGGAAAUUCCAAUUUAUAUUUAAAUCGUGACACGCUAUUAUCUUAUCACACAAGAAGUGGUUAGUUUUUAAUAACAUUUAAUAAACAUCAGCUAAAUUUCUCCAUUGCAACCAGUUUGGUGGACAGUUUCAUUGGAAGUUUUCGUUUUUGAUUUUCAUCACCUGAAAAUGGAUGCUACAGAGAUAUUUAAAAAACGAGGAGGCACAACCGACAAGGGUAAAGAAUACGAAAACAUGACCAUAGCCAACAUCGUUCUACAAAUGGUAAGCGACGAUAACAUAAGCAACUUCCACAUAUCGUCAAACGAUAACAACUUCGGUGCAUUUGAUGACGUAGUCAUCAAAAUUGAGUCGCAUCAAAAUCUCGUGGUGAAAGCAAUGCAGUUAAAACACAGUGAUCGAAAAACACUAUCUUUGGAGCAUCUGAAAUCCGCAAAAGGCGAUUUUAGCUUAAGCAAAUAUUUCGAAUCGUUCCAAACGCUAAAAAAUGAAGUACAAGAGUUUAUAAUUUUUACAAACCGUCCAUUUGAUGUUACCGAUGACGCACAGUUCCAGCUUGAAGGACAAAAGUUCUACGUGCGACCUGUUAAAGUGUGUAGUUCACUGGGCAACUUAGAAAUUUCAAAGAAUGUCAAUUACGUUUACAAAUUUGAAAUCGUAGAAGACGCAUGGACUGCAGAGCAUAUUUCCGAAAUUGAAGAAUACAAAACAUUUUUUAUGAAAUUUUUGCUUUACACUAAUCAAGAAAGUUUUAAUGUGUUGAGACUUUCAACUAUUGAAAAGUUCCGAAAAACGUAUUCUUCGAGUGAAAAGGCUUUCGAUGAAUACUACAAGAUAAUAUCGGAAUGGAAUAUGUGGGAAGGGAAAAAGGAAAAGUUGAAUAAGACAUGGAUGCAACGGGCCAUCGGGCUGCAGCUUUUGACGCCUUAUAUUGAACCCUUGUCGUUUGGUCAAGUUAAUGAUAAAAUGAAAAUAUUUCGAGACGCUAUAUCUACGUUCACUAUCACGUUAACCGAUAAGAAUUCGAGUGAUAAUGUUAAACAACUUUGGGGUGAUAUUUUAAACGAAAAAAUUAAUAUCGAAGAAAUAAACCGAACUAGAAGAAAUUAUCAACUGUCUGUCGACUACAUCGGUGCCAACGAUGUCGACAAAGUAAAUUCAAAAUUACUGACGCAGUUGCUGUGGUUAAUGAAUAAAUGUCCGUUAAUAAUACAUGAGAGUGAAAAUCUCGAAAAAGUCAUCCAGCUUUGUGAGGAUCAAAAGUUCGUCGUGCUUGGUGAUGGAAUGACUGAAGAAUGGAUGAAGCAAUAUUCGGUGUUCCAAAAUUUAUCAAACCUACGCUCCAAACAAAGUGUUUACGAAAAAGUUAUAGAAAAUUUUACAGUCUCUAUCCAAGGAAAGGAAGAGCUUAACUUGACAGCUUUCGGGAAAAAUGAAGAAUUUCUGGAAAAUGUGACAACGUCCCAUUUGAUGGGAAUGCUAAAUGGACCCUGCUAUCUAGACGGAAAGCAGGAAAUACUCUCUGAACCUUAUAUCGAACGUCACUUAUGGCAAAAUAUUAUAAAUAGUAAUUAUUUAGAAAACGUUCAAGAAAACACUAUUAUCAUUUUACAAUAUGCGGAUAAUUUUGAUAAAAUAAGGGACAAACUUAACAAUUACAACUUAAUUAAUGUGGACGUUCCUCUGAAAGAACAAUCUGAAACAACACAAAAUUUUGACAAAUCAGAUAAUAAAAUGUACAUAUGUGACAGCAAACUUUCCAAAUCUAAAUUACAAAAAAUAUAUACGGAUAAUUCUAAAACGCACGCUUUUCAUUAUUUUAAAGUUGCUAACAACGGACAUUUGGAAUGGAUUCAAAGCAAAGGUGACAUGAGUGACUUAGAAAAUUACAAAUUAUCCAAUAGCUGCUUUAUGCACGAAAACGUAUUGUGGUCUCAGUUAGAAAAUAACAUCAAUCUAAUAACUAGCGAACCGGGAAUGGGUAAAUCUGAGCUGAUGAAAAAUUUUAAAAACAAAUCUCCACCUAAUUACUGGACAGUCACGAUUUACCCUAAAGACGUGAAUUCAUUUUUUAAAUCUUUUAAAUCGAGUGAAACAUCGAACUGCAUAAACUUGUUUGAACAAUUUAUUAUCAAUAAAAAAUACGACUCCUUCACACAAUUGGAAAGAUUUUUUUUCGAAAUGUGUUUAAAACAAAACCGCGUUUUGUACGUUUGGGAUGCACUUGAUGAAAUUUUAAGCGAGCAUUUAGAUAUUGUGUCUGAUAUUAUACUCCAACUGUCAAAAAAAGGUUUCGUUCAGUGGGUAACCAGUCGACAACAUCUUCAAACAUUUCUGGAGACAAAAUUCAACGUCCUCUCACUCCGUUUAACACAAUUUAGCGAAAAUGAGCAACAAGAUUACAUAAAACAGCGACUUAAAUUUUUCAAUUCUGUAGUCGAAAUUGAGACAACCGUUCAGAAAAUUAAAUCUACGUUUGUAAUUAUCGAACACGUUGACAUAUUAGGAAUUCCGCUUCAAAUAUUUAUGCUCACGGAACUAUUUCGACAAAAUAACGACAAAUACUUGCAGCUUCUCAACAAUAAAUUUCUCUCGACCGAUCUAUACCACAGUUUUAUCGAAGAAAAAUUUAACAUCUUCUACGACAACAAAAUUUCUUACGAUCUUCAAAAUCCCCACCUGGCAAACAAAAUUCACGAAGAAAAACUAAAUAUGCUAAAACAUUACGAAAUUCUUGCGUUAAAACUAAUAUAUCCCGAGUUUAUAUUACAGCGUUUGAACAUCAACUACCAAAAAACGGUGCAAAUAUUUUCUAAAAAUAAUUACGCAUCAGUUGGUAUCAUAAAUGAGUUACGAACUGACGUACCACAUUUUCUUCACGGAUCCUUUGCGGAAUAUUUAGUUGCCAGUUAUUUUUCGAAAAAUUUUAAAGACAUACCUUUGGAUAUAUUUUUUGAUCAAAAGUACAAUAACGUGCGAUUUUUCUUCGACAUGUUGUUAGCAGAGAAAUCACCUGUUCAUAUCGCAGUGUUAUACAAAAAUUUUGACUUACUUAAAACAUACGAUGACGAAAUAUUAACACGCAAGGAUAACGGAGGAAGAAGUGCUUUACAUUUGAUUUGUUCAUGGGGACAAAGGCACCCACGAGCAAAAAUAAGCCGCGAAAAUAACAAAUAUGUGAUUGACGAGGUAACCGGUUUUAAUGGUAAGCCAGAAAGUGAAAAAUUUCUUGACGCCGUAGUGUAUUUACAAAAUAAAAACAGUGACUCCGAAUAUGAUUCACUAUUCGGGAUAACGCCGUUGUUGUACGCUAAGAAAAGCGAAAGUUUGGCGGCCGAACUAAAAUUACUAUUAAAACUAGAUAAAAACUCAAAAUCGUAUGAAUCACACACUUACAACGACCGAAUAAACAUUUUAUACUACUCCGCUUUACUUGCAUACGAGGAUGUCAUAGAACUGUCCGAUUCUCAAAAAUUACACAAUUCUCGCGGCGAAAUUAAUUUCGUUACGAAAACUAAUCACAAAACUCCUCUCAUUCUAGCUUGUAAAGCAGGACAUGAAAAAAUUACUGAAUACUUGGUAAAAUCCGGCGCCGAAAUUAAUCGUGGUGAUAGUGAUGGUUUUACAGCCCUUUACGUAUCUUCUCAAAACGGCCACCAAAACAUCGUCGAGUUCUUAGUGAAAUUCGGAGCCAAAAUCAACGGUACUGAGAAUGACGGCCGAACACCACUUUACACAGCUUCUCAAAACGGCCACAAGAAAAUUGUCGAGUAUUUGGUGACGUCGGGGGCGCAGAUAAAUCGUGCUGAUAUUAGUGGCUUUACGCCGCUUCGAACCGCAGCGUUCAACGGCCACGAAAACAUUGUCGAAUAUUUAGUACAAUCAGGCGCCAAAAUAAAUCACACUGAUAAAGAUGGCUUUACACCACUUUAUGUGGCUUCGCAAAAUGGCCACGAAAAAGUUGUACAAGUCUUAGUGAAAUCAGGGGCCGAAAUAGAUCGUGCUACUAACAACAGUUCAACGCCGCUUCGUGUCGCUUCCUUCAACGGCCACAAAAAAACAAUCCAAUGUUUAGUGAAAUCCGGCGCCAAAAUAAACCAUGUCGAUAAAGACGGCUUCACGCCUCUCUACGUAGCUGCGCAAAACGGCCACCAAAAAGCCGUUGAAUUCUUAGUGAAAUCAGGAGUCGAAAUCGAUCGUGCUAGCAACUACAGUUUUACCCCGCUUCGCGUCGCUUCGUUCAACGGCCACGAAAAAACUGUCGAAAUUUUAGUGAAAUCGGGGGCCAAAAUUAAUCGCGCGGAUAAAAACGGCUUCACACCCCUUUACGUAGCUUCACUCAACGGCCACAAAGAAACCGUCAAAUGUUUAGUGAAAUUCGGUGCCCAAGUCAAUCUCGGUACAAACGACGGUCGGACCCCACUUUACACAGCCGCCCAAAACGGCCACAAAAACACUGUCGAGUUUUUAGUGAAAUCGGGGGCCGAAAUCAACCGCAGCGACAAAAACGGGUUCACCGCGCUUCGCACGGCUGCUUUCAACGGCCACGAAAAAAUCGUCGAAUUCUUGGUGAAAUCAGGGGCUGAUGUAAAUCGCGCUGACGUUGAUGGUUUCACACCGCUGUACGUAGCUUCACAUAACGGCCACGAAGAAACUGUGAAACGUUUAGUGAAAUCCGGUGGCGAAAUCGAUCUUCGUACCAACGACGGCCGCACACCGCUUUACGCAGCCUGUCAAAACGGCCACGAGAAAACUGCCGAGUUUUUAGUGAAAUCGGGGGCCGAUAUAAAUCGGGGUGGUUUUAACGGUUUUACGCCGCUUCACACCGCUUGUUGCAACGGCCACGAAAAAACUGUAAAGUUCUUAGUGAUAUCAGAGGCCGAAAUUAAUUGCGUCGAUAGUGAUGGUUUCACUCCGCUUUAUGUGGCGUCACAAAAUGGCCACGAAAAUAAUGUUCAGUAUUUAGUGAAAUCCGGUGCCGAAAUCAACAAGCCUGGAAAAAAUGGCUAUACACCUCUUUGCAUUGCUGCGCAAAAUGGUCAUAAAAUAAUUGUCGAAUACUUGGUAAAGGAGGGGGCUAAAGACACUCCAACAAAUAAGUUUUUCAAACAUGACGUGUUACGACUUGUACGUGAUGUAUUCAAAAAUGAAACUGAUGCUCUUACGGGACUGUACAAUAAACUGCGAAAGUGAGGAGGUACAUGAUUAUCAAAAUUUUAUAAUUAUAUUUUACAAUGAUUGAUUUUAACAAAACAAUUAAUUUUCUAUGUUGACGCUUUCGUCUUUGCUUUUUUGUUGUUAUAAAAUCAAAAAAUGAUUUAGUUUCUAAAAAAAAAAUAGGAAAAUCAAUACCAACACUAACUAUAUUUUCUGCCAAAAAUAAAAUUACUUUUUCAAUUUUAACUAAAUAUUAUUUACACAUAAAGUCCGAUUUAGCAUUUUCACAAUUGAAGAACUUGCAGUUUAGGUAUAUUACACUCUAAAAUAUUUUUUAUUACUGCUGCAGGUGAGUAUGUUUAUAUUUUCCUAAUAGAAAAUUACAAACAAACCCGUUACAGAUUUACAUCUUUUAACAAAUAUUUACCUGGUACCAAAUACGGGGAAGAGGUUUUCUCGAAAGCAAAGACCAUCAUCCAGGCCGGUGAAGAGACGAAAACUGCAUACAACACAUUCCAGAAAGAAGACUCUAUCACAGCUUUAUACAAAUAAUAUACAGACAGAUAAAGAUAAAUACGAAAAGUA